ACACAAAGCUGUAGGCACGGUGGCAACAACUCAUUUACAUGUACAAACUCUACUCAUCAUGCGCCGUCUUCUUGUCCCUUGAACAAGUACUUAAUUGCAGCCUGCAGGCCCCAAUUUUCCACUCGUACAUACAUAUACAAACAACCCCUGUAUGUAUAAUUUUUGGGUUUUCCAAUGGAUUCUGAGAAGAACAGCAUAGAACAAUUUGAAGUAAUGGGCCAAGAAAACAAGAAGAAAAAACCCAAAAAGAUUAAAUCUUUAUCUUCAUCUCCUUCAUCUUUAAUUGGUUGUUUUAAAUCAGACCUUGGGCACCCUACUGUUGAGGAAUCAGAUGUUCAUGGCAAUUUUGAUAUCAAAUCUGCAGUUAAAGAUUCUGCCUUGCUUUCUAGCCCAACCCAUCUUGUUGUUACUGUUAAUGGAAUCAUUGGCAGUGCUCAUGACUGGAGAUAUGCUGCAAAGCAAUUUUUGAGUCGGUACCCCCAGGAUGUAAUGGUUCACUGCAGUGAAUGUAAUUAUUCAACUCUGACGUUUGAUGGAAUCGAUGUGAUGGGGAGCAGAUUAGCCGAUGAGGUGAUAUCGGUUGUAAAACGUCAUCCUGAUCUUCAGAAGAUUUCUUUUAUAGGACACUCACUCGGUGGUCUGAUAGCUAGAUAUGCUAUUGCAAAACUCUACUCAGAAGAUUUUAGAAAGCCAAGACAUCAAGCUAAUGGAGAAUCAGAUGGAUCUGAAAAGCCAUUUAGGGAGGAAAAACCUGAAGGGAAAAUUGCUGGACUGGAGCCUGUAAACUUCAUAACCUCCGCAACCCCACACCUUGGUUUGAGAGGGCAUAAACAGGUUCCCUUAUUUUGUGGGAUUCAGUCCUUGGAGAAGUUAGCAUCAUAUAUAUCAUGGCUACUUGGAAGAACUGGGAAACACCAAUUUCUAAAUGAUACAGAUGAUGGAAAACCUCCUCUUUUGCUUCAGAUGACCCAAGAUUGUGAAGAUCUUCAAUUUAUAUCUGCUUUGCAGUCCUUCAAGCGUUGUGUUACCUACUCAAAUGCAUUUUACGAUUAUGUUGUCGGAUGGAGAACGGCGUCCAUACGCCGUCAAAAUGAGCUCCCAAAACAUCUCUCAGCAAACAACAGAUAUCCUCAUAUCGUAAAUGAAGAAACUGCAAAGCUAGAUGGCUGUCAUAUAGAACCACAAGUCAAUGGUGCCAUCACUGAUGAUAUUGAACUGGAAGAGGCAAUGAUACAAGGACUAAACAGAGUAAGCUGGGAAAGAGUAGAUGUUAGCUUUAGUGGAAGUAAACAAAGAUUUUUUGCGCACAGUACAAUCCAGGUAAAAACUCCAUCUAUUCAUUCCGAUGGAGCUGAUGUAAUACAACAUAUGGUUGACAAGUUUUGUCUGUAAGUUUGCAAGUUUAAGCUCCAGCACAAUGUUCAUACCCCACAAGAGGAGGAUGCAUGGAAACUGGACAGUGUAAAAAUGUGCAACAUUGUGGAUAGCUCUUGAAAUUGUUUGAGUGUAAUUUUGGGUUUUUUUAUGUAUAUAUUUAUGAUUUUCUAUAUGACAUUCUCGGUCAUCAUUUUUUGACUUGGUUUGAGGUAUAUUGAAAUGAAAAGUUUGAGAGUUUUCAAAA